UAGUAUUUUAUUUUUGAGUGAACUGUCCCUUUAAAUUUAGCUUGAAGGUCAGGCGUCCUAUUUCGUUGCAUGUGAUUGUGACGUAAUUCGCCGGAAGCCUUUUGAAGCCUCUUUUGUUUGUCUGCAGGCAUUUCAUUUUCAGUUUGCUUUGCCCUGUGAUAGAAGAUUUACUUUACCCUGUGAUAGAAGAUUUACUUUACCCUGUGAUAGAAGAUUUACUUUACCCUGUGAUAGAAGAUUUACUUUACCCUGUGAUAGAAGAUUUACUUUAAAGCAAUGAGUCGUUGGCGAAAAAAGAAAGAUCAUCGUUUCUUAAACGAGUUCUUGGAAUCGACACGGGAAAUAGUCAAGUGUUGCCCGCUUCAAGUCCCAAUUAUACCGCAAAGGGAAUAUCCACACAUUCCAGACGACUCCUUGUUUUUGCAACGAGCAGCGGAAGUUUGGGGACCCCACGAAAACAUCAAGAAUGUGUCUUCAAACGAUGACGUCUUCAUCAAAGCAAACGAAAGCGUUGAAUCUUUGUUCGACCAGGAGAUUUCUUCAGAUGAUAUUUUUGUAACAGCACGCGAAAGCCUUGAAUCUUUGUUCGACCAGGAUGUUUCUCCAGAUGAUAUUUUUGUAACAGCACAUCAAAACAUCGAAUCGCUGAAAAAUGAGUCGGGGUCAAUAGAUGAGGUGUUUGCAACAGAAAAAAUAAGCCGGGAACCGAACAGACAAUGUGCUGUGGAGUGGCCAGGAUGUUACAUCCGCCCACCAGUAUACAUUAAUUUAGACCCUCCCAGGGUGUACAAGAGUAUUUUCUUUCUACAAUAUUCUCAUAUUCAAUAUUCUCUUGUAUUCUUGUCUAAGAAGAUCUCUCGGAGUACCCAAACAAGCGAGUGUCAGCUUCAUAUCAGUGAAGAGCCGAAAAAGAAAAGGAGAAGAAAGGCCAUCAAGGCCUUCUUCAAAAAAAAGUGGAAGGCGUUAAAACGCACAUUCACACGGUGCACAGGGGACUCCGAUUCAUAGAUGGAAAUUUACUUUAUUGAAUUUGUUUGUAAAACACAGAAAAGAAAAACAAAGCAGGAUCUACGACGAUGAGCAGCGGAUCGUCCCUACCUGCAGCAACUUUCCCCUGGGCGUCUCGGCAGUUCCGGAGGUGUUAGAGAUUUUUCUAAAAGUCCUUUUCAGGACUGACUGAGCAUUCUCCAGCGCGGCAUGUCCCGCUGUUCUCUUGG